AUGGCCAGCAGAAUGGAUGUUGACCCUCCUAACCCCAAUCCCCCCCCCAAGCGACUGUCGGGCCGAUUCCCGUCUGUUGCCCCCCCGACCAAGGUGCAAGAUCCUCGGCUUGCCGGUACCGUUAGGCAAUCAGUUGAUCCUCAAUCGUCGAAUGCCCAACAGGCACACCUAAACCUCUUCAUCCAGAGACCUCCUGCAAACUCGGUUCCACAGGUGCCUCCACUCUCGACCCCGAAUAGCACCCUGGGCCCUACGUCCACAGAAAACCAAAGUGCACCUAGUCCCCAAGGCGCAUUGUUCAUCUCAGAUUUGGUCAACUCAUUGAUCAAAUUGAACAAAUGCGAGGAAGACAAAGAGCGACUCCAAAGGGAAAUAGGUUCUAUCACCAAAAACCUACAGAGAGCGAAGCAAAAUCAACAAUUUCCGAGCGUCAUCGCUCUCUUCCAGCAACAGCUGGACGCGGCCAAAGAUGAAUUGGCCAACCAUGUCAAAUCGAUCGCCCAGUAUCGAUCACUCUCCAAUAAGGCGCAGGAUAGUUUUAACUCGACAUUGUCGCAGUUGAAGCCUCAACCCCAACUCGAAAAGAUACCUGAGAGGGUCGAGAAUCUGGAGUCCACAAUCAAGGGAAUGGGUCAAGCCCCUGGCCCAACCGUCAACGGUGAUAACCCAACGAAAGGCAAUACCGAAAUCGGAGGACCCCAAACGGACAUCCGAAGCCGGGAUCAAGAUAUCGAUGAGAUUAAAGGCAAGCUGGGCAAAGUGCAGCAUGCUCUCGAGAACCCUAAUGGAUUGAAGGAGGCGCUGGAAUACGUGGAGAAGAUUGCGAACUCCGUAAAUGAUCAAUCUAAACGGAGUGGUCGAUUCAUGAACCAAAUUUCAAGCCUUGGGGAUGAAGUGAAGGCUGCCGACAAGAAGCUUAAUGAUAGGAUUGCUAUCAUUAAGAAGAUGGUCGACACCGUCGAGGAAGAACUCAGAAUCUCGAACCAGCAGCUUGAUACCAACAUUUCGGAUCUUGGUUGCAAAUUGAAAACUACGAAUGAACAGGUUGAGAACAAGCUUUCUUCCAUUGAAAGCGAUCUUAUCUCGCUUAAUACUAAGCGACAUAAUCUGAACAAUACCGCGUCGACUCAAAUCUCACAGAUUGAAACUGACUUGGAAGCCCAAAAGAGGCAGGCCACGGAGCAGAUUACCGCCCAAGAAGAUCUCCUGACCUCACUCAGAACCCAGCAACAAAGCCUUGAUAACGGCGGCCGGCGCUCAUCCGAAGCAACCCCAACUCCCCACAGCGGGGUGCUUACAAGAGUGGUGUCUCUGGAGAGAAGAGUCCAGACCCACGCAGACCUCCUCCACAAUAUUAAGAACCUCCAUCAGGACGUGGAUGUCAUCCGUGUAGCUGAGCUGGGCGCUUUACGCCAGAGUCAAGAGUCGAGCCAAAGAUCACUGGAAACCAGACAGGAUGACACUUUAGGAAAGGUGGAGGACCUGACGACGAAAUCUGUGGAAAUGGCAAACAAUCAGACGACGCUCAGCGAGGCCUUUCACCAACUUAGGGCAUCCUUGCCUGGGAGCUUGGAGCGCCUCCGAAACCACCUUCAAAGUGGACUAGAUGGAUUCGAAAACCGCCUUACUCCAGUCUCCGACCUUGCUCAGGCUGUAACUAGGUGCGAGAGUAAAAUUGAGUCUAUCUCCAGGGGCAUUCGGUCACUAGAAACACGAUGGUCCAACAUCACUACAGGCGAUUUAGUCAAUUCCAUGGCACGUGCCAUGCAGGAAAUGUAUCCCUCUGUUGAUCAACUGAGUCAACAAUUGACGGCUUACCGAACUGAAAUUGAAGCCAGAAUUUCUGCGUUCAAGACAGAUGCAGACGCGUUCAAGGUGGAUACGGAGACGUUCAAGGCAGAGACGAACCGAUUCAAGGCAGAUACGCAAAAGGCUCAAGCAGACGCACAAAACGCGCAGGCCCGCGUGGAGAGGUCUCAAGCAUCACAAGUGUCACCCGAGCAGCUGCAGAAUUUAACUCAGUUGCCGACUUUGCUCCAACAGGUCAAAGACCUUUCCGACAAGCUUGCCCCGAUCGAGCGUGUCAUCCAAGAGCAUAGUGAUGAGUUGCAGAAAAAUCUUGAAAUACGGAGUGAAUUACAGAACAAGGUCGCCGCUCAAGACGACACUAUCGGCGGAAUAUCUCACCUGGCCUUGGAACAGAUUGAAGCGUUUAAAUAUAUCACCGAGUCCACGAGGCAGAUCGGUCCAUUGGCCAAUAAGGUCGAUACUCACAUCUCGCAGCUCGGAGAGAUUCGACGAACGAUUGACGAGUUAACUAAAGCCGCGGCGGAGAGAAACGCUAGCGCGUGCAAAAGCCUUAGCGCGAUUCGGGAACGACUGGAAAGCCUGGAAGGCCGGAGCGAAACUGACGAAGCUCUCGACAGACUCCGGAGACAGCUGCAAGAUUUGAAGGACCAAAAAAAGACAGAGAAUGCAGAUUUUGACGAACUCCGGGAACAGGUGAAAGCCCUUGAAGACCGUAAGCCACCGGUGACACUGGAGCAAUUUACUGAGCAGGGGGAUGAGGUGAAGAUGUACAUCAAACGUCUGAGGACUGCUGAAGACACUUUCAAGGCGCUUCGAGCAGGAGCAACGAUCUCCGAUAUUCUCGAUCCACCAACGGAGGAGCGCAUCGAUGGACAAGAAACUCCUCGAUCCGACCCGAACGGCCGAGCUUUUGCUCCGAAGCCUACAGCGACACCCAGGACUGUUCCCACGGGCCCUACUCUGGGUGAAUACCAGCCAGUCGAGCUCAACGUGAAUGGUCAGGCCGACAAUUCCCUACCAAGCGUUUCGAAGUCAAAUCACACUGCCAUGCAAGCUCGACAACCCUCGCAAACGCCUAGUGGACCCAGCACCGGUCAUCCAUUGCUGUAUUCUGGCAAAUUCGCUGAACCCCGUCAGGUUCAACAUUUAAAAGGAAAGCGACGGGUGUCCUCUGUAACAGACUCUGAUGACGAAAGAAGCACGGCCGAAUCCUCUUCGGUGGUUGAGUCUUCGCCGGCUCCUAGCUCUCCUGGCCCGUCAUUUUUUGCUCCGGGCCCCAGCAGAAAGAAGGAGAAGAAGGCAAAGAAUAGAGCGGAGCAAGCAGAAGAGAAUUCCCCGUCUUCAAGCAGACCAGGCAAGAAGCGAAGGCGGAACAAGCAUGAGAGUGAGUAG